AUGCCACUGCCGUCCAGCGCUGUAUGCCUGCUAGGCCUUCUCUUCUGGGCAGGUCAGACAUCAAAUGCCUUGAUGCUGCCCAAUGCCACUCUGGAGCUAGCAGGGCCCAAGGUCACGGUCCCGAAGCCCCUGACUGGCCCAGGCCUGUCCAGGUUCCGCCGGAAGCGUCACCUCUCCGCCCAGGACAUGAAAGCUCUGCUGGAUUAUCACAACUUCAUCCGGUCCAGCGUGUAUCCACCUGCCGCCAACAUGGAGUAUAUGGUCUGGGAUGAGCAGCUGGCCAGGUCGGCCGCGGCCUGGGCCUCCCAGUGCAUCUGGGCCCACGGGCCCUCGCAGCUGAUGAGAUACGUGGGUCAGAACCUCUCCGUCUUCUCUGGCCGGUACAACUCGGUGACAGAUCUGGCGAAGCUUUGGUCUGAUGAGAAGCAGUAUUACCUGUAUCCCUCCCCGCGGGAAUGUAACCCGCACUGCCCGUGGCACUGCAAUGGGCCCCUGUGCACCCACUAUACCCAGAUGGUGUGGGCAACCUCCAACCGGCUGGGCUGUGCCAUCCACACCUGUGGCCGCAUCAAUGUCUGGGGCAACUCUCUGUAUCAGGCAGCAUACCUGGUCUGUAACUACUCCUUCAAGGGUAACUGGAUAGGGGAGGCGCCGUACAAGAUGGGGAGGCCGUGUUCUGCCUGCCCCCCCAGUUACCGAGGCAGCUGCUAUAACAACAUGUGCUUCAAUGGGAUCAGAUCCAACUGGGUCCGGUGA